UCUCACUCUUUCUUCUUCUCUCACUCUUUCUUCUUCUUCUCUCUCAAUUCUCAGCGCACAAAGCAGCGGGCAGUGGUGAUUUCUCCUCCCGACUCCCGUCUCUGGCGAUUGAUGGAGAAAAGAACUCAGGGACUGGUGGCGAUUGCGAUUGACGGAGAGAACAACCUAGCGGCGACGGCGACGGCGACGGUGAUUGACGGAGAGAACAACCCAGCGGCGAUGGCGACGGCGAUUGACAUCGCUGAUUGUGACGACUCCGGCAAUGAAGUUGGUUGAAGCUUCGAAGGAAGCGAUGGCAUGAAGCAGAUCUUGGUUUGGGGGCGAUGGUGUCGAAGUUGGCAGAUCUUGAACUCCGCCGGUGGGGGCUCGGGUGGGGGAAGGAGCAGAGCUGAGAG